AUGACCGCUAUUGAGGAGAUGGCUGGCAUGGACAUUCUGUGCAGUGACAAGACUGGUACACUGACGCUCAACAAGCUGACCGUUGACAAGUCAAUUAUCGAGGUCUAUUCCAAGGACGCGGAUCAAGACCUUGUUCUCCUGCUGGCUGCGCGUGCUGCUCGCACAGAGAACCAAGACGCCAUUGACGCUUGCAUUGUGGGAAUGCUUGCUGACCCCAAGGAGGCUCGGGAGGGUAUCACGGAGGUCCACUUUUUCCCCUUCAACCCUGUGGACAAGCGCACGCAAAUCACCUACACGACGCCUGAUGGCAAAAUGUACAGGGCGUCGAAGGGUGCGCCUGAGCAGAUCCUCGACCUCGCCUAUAACAAGAAUGAGAUCGCUGCUCGCGUGCAUGCCACAAUUGCUGGGUUCGCUGAACGUGGUCUUCGGUCUCUCGGCGUUGCUCGCCAGGAAGUCCCUGAAGGCGUCAAGGACGCGGCUGGUGGUCCGUGGGAGAUGGUAGGCCUCCUUCCAUUGUUCGACCCUCCUCGCCAUGACAGUGCAGAGACCAUCAAAGAGGCCCUGAAGCUUGGCGUGAACGUGAAGAUGAUUACUGGUGAUCAGCUCGCCAUUGGCAAGGAGACAGGCCGGCGUCUAGGCAUGGGAACGAACAUGUACCCAUCCUCUGCGCUUCUGGGCCAAGGAAAGGAUGCCUCCUUGAUUGGCGUCGACGUGGCAGACCUUAUUGAGAAGGCCGACGGGUUUGCCGGCGUCUUCCCAGAGCACAAGUAUGAGAUUGUGAACCAGCUGCAAAAGAAGAAGCACAUCGUGGGCAUGACUGGUGACGGUGUGAACGACGCCCCUGCUCUCAAGAAGGCAGACAUCGGUAUUGCCGUGGACGACUCCACAGAUGCUGCUCGAAGUGCUUCGGAUAUUGUCCUCACGGAGCCUGGUCUCAGCGUUAUCAUCCAUGCGGUUCUCACCAGCCGUUGCAUCUUCCAGCGCAUGAAGAACUACACCAUCUAUGCCAUCUCCAUCACCAUCCGUAUUGUGCUUGGCUUCAUGCUCAUCGCUCUCAUCUGGAAGUUCGACUUCGCCCCCUUCAUGGUUCUUAUCAUCGCCAUCCUCAAUGACGGAGCUCAUUCCUGUUCUUGUUCCAUUUUCUCCCAUUCUCACUCGUAUUCUGUAUUCACCUCCAUUUUCCCUCCUCCCUACCCCCCACUCCCUUCCCCUCACUCUCCAACUCCCCGCCUCCUUCCACCUCUCCUCCCUCAUCCCUCCUUCUGGCUCCUCCCCCUGAUGCAACCACCUGUUCUGCCAGGCACCAUCAUGACCAUCUCCAAGGAUAGGGUCCUUCCGUCGCCAACCCCGGACAGCUGGAAGCUCUCGGAAAUCUUUUGCCAGGGCGUGGCGUUUGGGUCCUACCUAGGAAUUAUGAGUGUUGUCUUCUUCUGGGCUGCCUACGAAACAAACUUCUUUGAGCGAACCUUUGGUGUGGAGUCUCUUCAGAAACCCCCCAAUGCUGAUCCCAACGGGGAACUCACUGAGUCACAGAUGAAGCUCAUGUCUGCGCUCUACCUGCAAGUCUCCAUCAUCUCCCAGGCGCUCAUCUUUGUCACUCGCUCCCAGAGCUUCUCCUUCCUCGAACGCCCUGGCCUUCUGCUCAUGGUGGCCUUCGUUGUCGCUCAGCUGAUUGCCACCUUCCUUGCAGUGUAUGCCAACUGGGGCUUCACUUACAUCAUGGGAUGCGGCUGGGGAUGGGCCGGUAUCGUCUGGCUCUACAGCCUGGUGACAUACAUCCCUCUGGACUUCAUCAAAUUUGCCGUCUCCUACAUGCUCUCUGGCAAGGCCUGGGAUCUGCUUACAGAGAACAGGGUCACGUUCACCAAGAAGGCCAACUUUGGUAUCGAGGAGAGGCAGGCACGGUGGGCCACGGCACAGCGAACCCUCACUGGGCUCCAGACCGUUGCUGCUGACGAGGCUCCCACGGUCCUGGCUGUGCUCGGCACUGCUGGUGGAGCUGAUGCAGCUGAGGCUGCUCGCCGUCGUGCAGAAAUCGCCAGGCUGCGGGAGGGUUUGACGCUCAAGGGUCAUGUGGACAACAUUGUGAAGCUCAAGAACAUCGACGUGGAUACCAUCCAGCAAUCCUACACUGUCUAA